UUUUUAUCGUGUCGUAGGGAACGGAACUAAAAGGAUUGGCAGCGGCGAAACCGGCAGGCUAUGGCUUUACGGUGGCCAGCCGCAGCAACAGGAGCCCACUUCGGGUGCAGGGCCUCGAAGAAGGGGACGAUGCGCCCGCCGCCGCCCUCGCCUUCGCCAGCCGCCAAGCUUUUCAAGCUCCCUCCUCGAAUCGGCCCUCUCUUCUGGCCCUGGGAAAAGGUUAAAGUCGGUCCUUUGGUUGUUUCUCCAAUGGGAUUUGGGACAUGGGCUUGGGGAAACCAAUUGCUCUGGGGCUAUAAAGAAGAAAUGGAUGCCUUAUUGCAAGAGACAUUUGAUUUGGCACUAAGGAAUGGAAUCACUCUCUUUGAUACUGCUGAUUCAUAUGGGACUGGAAGAUUAAAUGGUCAAAGUGAAAGGCUUCUUGGGAAGUUCAUUCGUGAAUUUCAAGGACGAAAUAUUGGAGACAACAUCGUCAUUGCUACAAAGUUUGCAGCAUAUCCUUGGCGCCUAACACCUGGACAAUUUGUUAAAGCUUGCAAAUCUUCAUUAGAACGGUUGCAACUUGAUCAAAUUGGUAUAGGACAAUUGCAUUGGUCAACUGCAAAUUAUGCUCCUUUACAGGAGCAAGCUCUUUGGGAUGGCCUAGUUGCAAUAUGUUUGUUUCUGUCUCGACAUCUCAAGCAACGUAUGCAUUAUCUUUCUGAAGGAAUGACUUAUCUAGUAACUAACCAAAAGGGUUUAGUUCGUGCUGUUGGUGUUAGCAAUUAUGGUCCAAAACAACUUAUUAAGAUUCAUGAUUACCUAGAAUCUCGAGGUGUGCCAUUAUGCUCUGCUCAGGUUCAGUUUUCUUUGCUGAGCAUGAGUGAUGCCCAGAUGGAGCUGAAGGAAGUAUGCGAUUCUCUGGGCAUCCGUUUGAUUGCAUAUAGUCCACUUGGGCUAGGGAUGCUCACUGGAAAAUAUACAACAUCAAGUCUUCCACGCGGGCCACGAGCUUUGCUGUUUCGUCAAGUUCUCCCCGGUUUGGAUCCUUUACUCAAUUCCUUGAAAGAUAUUUCAGAAAUGAGGCAGAAAACGAUGUCACAAGUUGCAAUAAACUGGUGCAUUUGCAAGGGAACUAUUCCAAUUCCUGGCGUGAAGUCGGUCAAGCAAGCUGAGGAGAACUUGGGUUCCCUUGGCUGGCGCCUUAGCUCGGAUGAGAUUUUCGAGCUAGAGUCCGUGGCUAAGAGUUCCCCUAAGAAGAUGAUCCAGAACAUCUUUCAAACCCGAUGAGUGAACUAUAUUUUUCUGCUUUCUUGAUGAAUGUAUAUUGCUUGUUGCUCCCCUGAAAACCCAUUACUAGUUUUUGGUGUGAUGGCUUUGCCAUGUGAUCUACAAGUAGCUACUAUGCUCUGUCUGGCUUGUUCAACAAAAGUGAGUGAAUUAUUUAUCCCCUAUAAGCUUUUAAAAUUAUAGUCUCAUCCAAUGAUAGCAUAUAUUAAUGUCUCCA